CGGGGCCCGUCCCUCGUCGGCGGCCGAGCGGGCGGCUUCGACAGCGGCAGGGAUGGCAUCGCUGAGGCCGGGCGGAUGGGGCCAGCGGGCCUGCACCCUCGGCGGGCCGCUCUUGGCGUUGCUCAUGCUGGGCUUGGCGCAGCCCCACCACACGCCCCACCACGACACAUCCAGAAGACAACCCUGGGAUCUGAAAAUUGACCAGGCUUUGCUACAAAUUCAUAAUGAGUUGCUUGGUGAGAACUUAACCAUCUCCUGGAUCUCCGAUUAUUGCUACCAGUGCUUGCCUCAGGAACUAAUUUCUGUCCCCAUCAACAAAACACCUGAAGAGCAUAGUGUUAGCGCUGCUGCUGUGGAUUCUCAGCAUGCGGUCACCCUGCUGGUCAGGAACACUAAAGACAACAAAGAAAUUUGCAGGUUACAUUAUCAUUUUGGAGAAUUUGGAAACUAUUCCCUAGUGGUUGGGAGUCUCCAUGGCAGCAUCCCGAAGAUUUCAUGCAAUAUAACUGUCAAUCAAAGUCCUUCCAACAGCUACCUCCCGAUUUUUUUUGCGUUUCUCAUCUACAUGGGAUUCUUCUCUAUUCUGGCAUUGGGACAGGUUUGUGUGAACAUUGAACCAGUCAGAAACUGGCUUUACAAGAAGAUGAACCCUACAGAAACUGAUCGACUAAUUAAUUCAGAGCUUGGAUCCCCAAGCAGAGCAGAUUCUGCUGGUGGCGAUUUGCCGGCCGGGUUAUGGAGUUCCGCUUCCUCCCUGCAGAGGCUUCGUUCCCUGGACACGUUUAGAGGGUUGGCCCUUAUAAUUAUGGUCUUUGUGAAUUAUGGUGGAGGAAAGUACUGGUUCUUCAAGCAUCAGAGCUGGAAUGGACUAACCGUAGCAGACCUUGUCUUUCCAUGGUUUGUGUUCAUCAUGGGCACCUCCAUUUCGCUGUCGCUGAGUUCCAUGUUGAGAAGGGGACGUUCCAAAUGGCAGCUGCUGGGAAAAGUCCUGUGGAGAAGCAUCGUCUUGUUUUUAUUAGGGGUCAUAGUUGUGAACCCAAAUUACUGCCUUGGGCCAUUGUCCUGGGGCAACCUCCGAAUUCCAGGUGUGCUUCAGAGACUAGGCUGCACAUACCUUGUGGUUGCUGUGCUUGAGCUCCUCUUUGCCACACCUGUGCCUGAGAACAGUGCUCUGGAAGCUCCAUACUCUGCUCUCCAAGAUAUUCUUCCAUAUUGGCCCCAGUGGCUUUUCAUGAUGACGCUUGAAGUAGUCUGGCUGUGCCUCACCUUCCUGCUAAACGUACCUGGGUGUCCAACAGGUUACCUUGGCCCUGGAGGCAUUGGAAAUUUUGGAAUGUACCCCAACUGUACUGGAGGAGCAGCUGCUUAUAUUGAUCAAUUGCUUCUAGGAGAAAAACACAUCUACCAACACCCAUCUUCUAACGUUCUUUACCUGACUACAGUAGCCUUUGACCCUGAAGGAAUUUUGGGAACAAUCAAUUCUGUUGUCAUGGCAUUUUUUGGACUUCAGGCAGGAAAAAUUCUCAUGUUCUACAAAAACCAGCACAGACAAAUAAUGCUCCGUUUCUGUGUGUGGAGUAUAGUCAUGGGUGUUAUUUCUGUUGUAUUGACCAAAGGCACAAAAGACCAAGGCUUUGUUCCUGUCAACAAGAAUUUAUGGUCCAUUUCAUAUGUGACAACACUGAGCUGUUUUGCCUUUGUGCUUCUGCUGUUAGUGUACUAUCUUGUAGAUGUGAAGAAGGUGUGGUCAGGUGCUCCCUUUUUCUAUCCAGGUAUGAACUCCAUUCUCGUCUACGUUGGGCAUGAAAUAUUUGAAAACUACUUUCCUUUUAAGUGGAAGAUGCAGGAUACACAAUCCCAUAGUGAACACUUGGCUCAGAACCUAACUGCUACAUCUUUAUGGGUUAUCAUAGCAUACAUACUCUACAGGAAGAGAAUAUUCUGGAAAAUCUAACAGAAGAAGCCAAAGGAACUUGUGGCAUAACAAUACUGGAUUAAUUACUCCCACCCAUAUUGAUGUUACUUUUUUUAAAAAGAAAGGGAUCAUGUAUUUUGUUUACAUUCCAGGUCAUCUCGAAGAGACUCGCAUAUUUAAAAUUUGCUGACUGACUUGCCAUUUAGCUAAAUCAAGGCGUCUACAUAUUUAGUAUAUCAUUCCAUUUCUAACUCAACACAGCUUUUAAAACCUGAGCAAUUGGAAAGGACUUUCACAAGCUGAUAGUCGCUCUGUUACAUGCGUGGUUCACAUGAAGACGCAGAAGAAAAUAAAAAA